GCCCCCGUCCAUUUUUUUUCCCCAAUUACUUUAUUCUCAAUUAAUGAUCUCAAGUGCUACAUGCAUAAUGGCUAUCUUCUUCUAUUCAUCUCAUUUUCAGAAACGGCCAGGAGAUGUACCGUCUUCUCUUCCUCUUGUUUUUCAUAGAGCAUAUAAUAGUUUCCUUCUUCUCAAUUUAGUCAUUACAUUUCGAUCAGUUUUCAUUUCUCCAUCUUCAUUCAUCUGUUGUGCCUUAGCUUGCAAUAGUACAAAGCAGGGUACGUGUUGGUGCGGCUGUUACAGUGUUAUGUCAAGCAAACUAGUACGUCUUCAUUAUGAAAGUUUUCUAGGAGUUAUGUGAAUCUCCUUGUUCAAGCCUCCAAUUCCAAAGAAGCCACGAAAAUGCGGUGUGAAGUAUACCAUCAUUUGGAGGUAAUUUAACUCUCAUAUGUUACUCCAGAUGAAGUUCUCUAGUUUCAAAUGACAUGGUGAUCAAGACUUUAUCAUUUUUUAUUUUCUGUUAGCAAAAAAAGAAAAUGACAUUGAUAUGUUACUGCAGUUUGAAUGUAUUCAUUUUUCAAAUAAUACUCACUUCAAUUCCAUUCUCC